CCGCGCUCGACGUCCGAAACCGCCCAUGACGUCCAUCAAGCCGUUCAGCGCCGGCAGCGGCGCAGACCCUUGGGACCAGGCGCCCUCGGUGCGUGGAGUACGCUAGUCGCGAAAGUACCCUGAAAGAGACCAGGCGUCCAGACAUCGGCGCGGCGACCCCCCGCAAAGAAAGCGGCAGUGAGAGAUGACUGGGAGGACGAGGACGACGAGGAGCCCGCGGAAGCGACCGUGGAGGGGAAUCAGAAGCUGUGGAAUGCCGCGAACUCGCAGACCACGGCGCCCAUGCCUACUAUCAUCCCCUCCGCAUCCUCGUCCCACCCAGUGGUCCCCCCACCUCCUGGCGCCUUUCAGCCACAACUCAAGAUCCUCAAGCGUCCGACAAACGCGGCUCCCUCCCCCUCCCCCUCUCCACCCGUCAACACACAAAGCCUGCAGGAGCGCGAGGCAAAAUAUCAGGCUGCGAGGGAACGCAUUUUUGGCUCCGGCAGCAGCAGCGCUGAAGCAAGCAGCUCGUCAUUGUCCGCGAAGAAGGAGGAAGGAGCAAAACACAUCAGACAACCCAAAGGCCCCGAAGGCAGCGACCAGCGCGAGAAAGGCUUCAAGGGACGCGGCGACAAAGGCGCGGUCCCUCCGGCUCGUCCGCCCUCCAACCCUUGACGGCUGGCCUUUAUUGCAUCUCUCUGACCAUCUCUACUGCUGUAACGCCGCGUCCGCGCACAUAUAAUGACACUACGUGCUCAUCUGAGCUGCAUCCCUAGCUUCGCAUCCUUGCAACGCUUCAAAGGUCCGCC